AUGACAGAAGAAUCUCGCAAAGCUGUGAUAAAGAAUGCAGACAUGCCGGAGGAUAUGCAAGCUGAGGCUGUGAGGUGUUGUGCUGAUGCAAUGGAUAAGUAUAACAUUGAGAAAGAUAUUGCUGCCUACCUAAAGAAGGAAUUUGACAAGCGCUAUAAUCCAACCUGGCACUGCAUAGUUGGACGUAAUUUCGGGAGUUAUGUAACGCAUGAGACAAAGCACUUUAUAUACUUCUACUUAGGCCAAGUUGCCGUCUUGCUGUUCAAAUCUGGAUAG